AUGGGUGAUAUGAAUGGACAAGUUGUAGCUGGUGGUCAUAAUCAAGGAAAUCGAUUGGAUCAACUGAAUGAUCCAGCCAAUGUGUUGAUCGACAAAGAGACGGAUAGUCUCAUUAUUUGUGAUUACGGGAAUCGACGAGUCGUACGAUGGUCUCGUCGUAGUGGCACAACUCAAGGAGAAAUCCUCAUUGACAACAUCCGUUGUUAUGGAUUGGCCAUGGAUGAUCAGAGAUAUCUCUACAUCUCUGACAUCGAAAAACAUGAAGUAAGACGAUAUCGAAUAGGGGACAAGGAUGGAACUAUCGUGGCUGGUGGCAAUGGCAAAGGUGAUGGUCUCAAUCAACUCAACGAUCCGCGCUACAUCUUUAUUGAUCAACAAUAUACUGUCUACGUGUCAGACCGUGAGAAUAAUCGUGUGAUGAAAUGGAAUAAAGGUGCAAAAGAAGGAAUUGUCGUCGCUGGGGGUCGAGGCGGAGGGAAUGCUCUGACACAAUUGUGGGAUCCUGAUAGAUUGUUCGUCGAUACAUUGGGUACCGUCUAUGUGGCAGACUCGUGGAAUCGUCGAGUGAUGCGCUGGCCUAAAGAAGCAAAACAGGGCACUGUCAUUGUGGAUGGCAAUGGUCCAGGAGAAGGAGCAAAUCAGUUCAAUCGUCCCAUCAGUUUGUCCUUCGAUCGACAUGGCAAUCUCUAUGUUACCGAUCGUCUAAAUCAUCGUGUUCAACGUUUCUCUAUUGAAUAG